AUGGGGAAGGAGCUGCUACUGAGGCUGAGCUUCUUCGUUUCUGGGCCGACUGUGAACCAACAUCCCAGCUGGCCUGUUGUAUUCAGAGGAGAGACGGUCACUCUGAGAUGUGAGAUGCAGGAUGAUGAAGGAACUCAGUGGACAUAUGAAUGGAGUCCAAACAACAGAAACCCUACAACAUCCAAUGAAUACAAGAUCGACAGCAUCUCUGAGUCUGACACAAAUGAACCCAAAGCCUCACUGACAGCAAGUGAUGACAUCAUACCAGCAGGUGACAGUGUAACACUGACCUGCUCUGUGGACAUCGGUGUUGGCUGGAAGUUUGACUGGUUCAGACAGGAAUCAGAGUUUUCUACAGCUCCACCCAUCAGAAUCAGUGAAUCAGAUGGAGUCUUCUUCAUCACAGAGGGAGGAGUUUACAGCUGCAGAGGAGGAAGAGGAAAUCCAGUUUUCUAUACUGGAACCAGCAAUAAGGUCACUAUUCAGAAAACAGUUCCCAUUACACCAACUGUGAUCCAACAACCCAAUUGGGCCCAGAUCUACAGAGGAGAGAGAGUCACUCUGAGAUGUGAGAUCCAGGAUGAUGGAGGAUCUCAGUGGACGUAUGAAUGGGAAACAACCAAUAGAAACUCUCCAACAUCCAGUGAAAUCAUGAUCACUGUUGAUAGCAGUGAAGAUUAUAAAUGUAGAGGAAGAAGAGACAGUUUCACCUUCACAGAGUGGGGAGUCGUCACAUUAACAGUGAUCUCACCCAAACCUCAGCCUGUCCUCUCUGUGUCUCCAUCAUGGCCGAAUCCUGGAGCCUCAGUGACUCUGAGCUGUGAGGGUUUGGAGCUUCAAUCAGCAGGAUGGAUGUUCUUCUGGUAUAAAACUGUUCCUGUUUGGUCCAGCAGUACCUACACCUAUGAGCUGCUUCCUGGCAGCACCAAUGGUACUGAGCAGAACUCCUUCAUCAUUAAUGGACCGACUCUCACAGCAGGAUUUGUGUGCAGAGCAGAAAGAGGAGAACCAAAGUUUUACACUGAUUACAGUGAAGUAAAGUUUGUCUGGUCUGCAGGUUCAGCAGCAGCUUCUCUCUCAGUGAAUCCUGACAGAGUUCAACACUUCAGGUCUGAAUCUGUCACACUGACUUGUAAAGGAAACUCUACUGAGUGGAGAGUGAUGAGGUUUACAGAAAGAUACGGAGUGUCAUCCUGCUCCUACUGGGGGAAAAUGACUGGAACUACAUGCACCAUCAACAUAAACUGGUAUCCUAGUGGAGUGUUCUGGUGUGAGUCUGGAUCAGGAGAGUUCAGCAAUGCAGUGAACAUCACUGUACAGGAUGAUUAUUAUUAUGAUGGUAUUAUCCUGGUGAGCCCUGUUCAUCCUGUGACUGAAGGAGAUCCUGUUACUCUGAGCUGCAGAGAUAAAGAACAAAAUCUUCUCUCCAAUGUGUUUUUCUAUCACAAUGAUAAACUCAUCAAUAAUGACAGCAGAGAGGAGCUGAAGAUCUCUGCAGUGUCAAAGUCAGAUGAAGGUUUCUACAAAUGUCAACAUUCAGGAAGAGAGUCACCAAGCAGCUGGAUGUCUGUUAGAGAUGCUGUAUCCAGUCCUGUCAGCUCUUCAUUUCCUGUCAUGUUGAUCGUUGGUCUGGUUGUUGGAAUCGUUCUCAUUAUUUCACUAUUAUUUCUCCUCUUCUUGUUGUGGCGCUGCAGACGGUCCAAAGAUUCAUGCUGUAUCAGCUCCAAUCAGUCGGAGAACAACAAUCAGAGCUCCAACAGAAACGAUGUCAUCAACCCGACUGGAAGCCGUGAUUACAACACUCUUCUUCACGGUGAUGUUGGUCUCUAUGAGUCGGUCAAAUCCAAUGGAGCUGCAGGAGACGAUGAUGCUCAUUUCUAUGAGUCAGUUAAAUACCCUGAAGCUGCAGGAGAAGAAGAAUCGGAAGGUCCUGCAUAUUGUCUCAUCGAAGUGAUGAACGUACGACACGAGAGGGGGCCUCAUGAGCGAACUCCUUACUCUGUACUGAGAACAGGAGAUUCAGGAACACGGAGUCCUGCAGCAACAGAUGAGGCUGUUUAUUCAGAAAUCACCAUGGAUACCGCAAGCUAAGCCGGUUCAAGCUGCGAAAUACGAGAUAAACUUUGCUAUAAGGAUGUAAAGAAAGCUGCAUUUAUAAACACAAAGCUUCUCGACAGUAAAAGGAAAUAUAACCAGAUGUUUUGAUGAUAUACGUGCUUAUGAAGGAUCAGUAUUGUUUAUCAGCAUAAUCUAUCAGCUUUCUAUUUAAUUUAAUUCAUGUUUGAGAAUUUGCAACAUUGCAUUUAAGCUUUUUCAGAAUGUAGCAAGAGGGAAAAGUGAGAUAUUUGAAUGUCUGUGCCUAACUUAGGAGCUUUUUACAUGUAAAACGAUGUUAA